GAGUGCUCAUUCAGUUCAGAAAUCGGUAAUCAUCUAUUCAAAAUUAUUGUAGUUGUAUUCGGUAAAUGUGUAGAGAAAGCGUCCCCUGCAUCAGAUUGACGCAUUUAGCGACCACCGACGGACCACCAACGAUUAUUGAUCGAUUAGCGAUCGAUUAGCUGCCAAGGAAUUUAUUGAUUUCCGCGGAAAUUGCACGCAGGAGCGAAGGGAGUCAUGUUGGGCAAUCUGCCGUAUGUGGAGUUCGGCGAACGAGGCGACGGCCACCAUGUGAACGGAGACGGAAACACAAGAAGACACAUGCGUUGGCUGGAGAGGCGCCAGCGGAUCCACGAGCAGGAGCGGAUCCGCGAGCGGACCAGGCAGCGGAGUUCCGAGAGGAUAAGCCCUCCGAACGGAGGCGAGCAGUCCGGACGACAGGCAGCCGCGUCCAAGAAUCCCAUUCCGGCGGUCCUUCGACUUGUCAAGGAACUCCAGUUAAUGGAGACCGAUCCGCCGGAGAACACGUGGGCGCGGCCCAAGUCGAUGAGCAAUCUGCUCAAGUGGCGGGCCAAGAUCCGCGGACCGGAGGGCAGUCCGUACGAGGGCGGCGUUUUCGAGCUUGCGCUGAACUUCCCGGAGGCCUAUCCGUUCGAGGCGCCCAAGAUGCGCUUCAUCACGCCCCUCUACCACUGCAACGUGAACGGGCUGGGCUACAUCUGCGUGGACAUGCUGGAUGAGAAGUUGUGCUGGUCACCUGGCCUCACGGUGGACAAGCAGUUGCUGUCGGUGUCGGCGCUGCUGAACGACCCCGAACCGCUAACCGCCGUCAAUGCCGAGGCCGCCGGGCUGUUCUUCAAGGACCGCGAGCGGUACGACCAGCUGGCCCGCUCCUGGACCGAGCGGCAUGCCAUGGAUGUGCCGUGGGAUUGAGGCGUGGCUUGUGGCUCUCCAUAUUGUCGAUAUGUGGUCGAGUGGCGUGAAGAUGGAUGGAGAUGAAGCCGGAAAUGUUUUGGAAAAGGUUUCUUCGAUUGUAGGUCGCACAUGAGCAUUUUAAAAUAAACAUAUUGACGGAG